ACGCACUAAUAACUUUGUUAACCUAAAUAAUUUAAUAAAUUUUUUUGUUGCUUAUAUAAAAUGCAUGUCAAGUGCUUCAUGCCUUCACGAUGAUUUCUUGUUAUAACGAAAUAUGCUCAACUUCGGCCUUGCAAUCGCGAAAUUAUUAAUAAUAAUAUUUACUUCUGUUUUUGUAUUUCUUUAUCUCGCAUGUAAAAACUCACUCAUAAAAGUCCUCGUAAUCAAGAAACGAAUAUUGAAUCACUCGCAGCAUUGCGUACGUUAAUUUGUGCAUAUGUUUAAUGCGUGCACUUAAAUAAAGUACGGGAAUAGGUUUUCAAAUGUAAGCGCUCGUAACUUUGAGUUUGCGCAUUCGUUUUUCUCACAAGCGAGUUAGAGAAUCGAGCCCCAGUUGUCGAAAUCGCAAGAAUUCGCGUCGUAACGGGCCGUGACCGUGACAUAUCUAUGACGAAGUAAACCCAUCGGUUCGCCGAAAAGAUUGUAUACAAACAUGUUCUGUGUUAACGAAUAACGAUCGAGGACACGUUGGAAUGCUCUGAUGAACCGCUAGUCCAUAACUUUUAUUCGACGCAUGCGAGAAGCUCGUACGCGACGACGCGUACAGCUCUCCUGCGGCUCCGAUUUCGUUGACAAUAACUCCAGCGUGAGGAGAAAAUAACGUCGAUUCGCAAAUGAUAAUUGUACGAUUGUCCUGUAUGAAGUAUGAAGAUGGCUUCCUUGGAGAUUGAUGAUUUAUUGGCUGGGCCACUAGUCACUUGGUUUACUAGCUGUCUAGAAGAUCCCAAUGUAUUGGCAAAUUAUGAAGAUUUGGUAGAUGGUGUCUUACUGCAUAGUGUCUUCCUGCAAAUCAAUCCGGAACCACUACAUGAUGAAGUAGUGCCUUCUAAUGGCAAUCCUGUUAUACGUACGAAAAACUUAAGGACUAUAGUACAAAAUAUGAAGCAGUUUUAUGAAGAGGAGUUGGAUCAUUUGCUUUUAAGAUUACCUGACACUACAAAUUUAGGAAAGGAACCAGAAUUGUACAUACCAGAUAUGAAAUUGUUGCUGCUGCUACUUCUCGGAUGUGCCGUCCAAUGUCCAAAUAAGGAAAAAUUUAUUACUAAGAUAAAAACGCUACACGUUGAUACGCAGCUUGCAAUAGUAGAGUGUAUCAAACAGGUUACGGAUCAUCAAGAUAUAGUCAUUACACAAGAUGCUAUGGAAAACGCAAACAUGGGUUAUCUGUUUGUUCAAAUCAAAAAAUGGAUCCAAGAGUUGGAUUUAUAUCGAGAGAAAUGGAGAGAUGCGACUUUGGAUGAUAGUGUUGAACGAAACGAUUCCUCGAUUAGUGCUGAAUCUGAGGAACUAAGUAAGGUACAACAAUCUCAUCCUGUCAAAGCAGAAAGGGAAGAUAAUCAUCAUUAUGCAGUUGAAUUGGCUGACUGGAAAUCUAAAGUUCGAAAACAACGUCAAGAAUUGGAGGAAAAAACGGAAGCUUUACUUGAAUGUAAGGAAGAACUUGAGCAUAAUAAAACAUUGCUUGUCAAGCUGAAGCAAGAUAAUCAAGAAUUAAUGCACGAAGCUCGUACUGCUAAAUCAUACAGAGAUGAGUUAGACGCUGUGAUCGAGAGAGCAGAUAGAGCGGAUCGUUUAGAAAUAGAGGUAACGCGAUAUAGGGAGAAACUCACAGAUAUUGAAUUUUACAAAACUCGGAUAGAAGAGUUACGCGAAGAUAACAGAGUUUUAAUGGAGACCAGAGAAAUGCUUGAAGAGCAGCUAAGCUCAUCAAGAAGCAGAGCAGACAAAGUUCUGGAGCUCGAAUCUGAAAUCAUCAAGCAUAAGCAGUUACUUAACGAUAUGGCGCUGGAACGUGCCGCAGACAAAGAAAAAUAUCAAGAGCUUGUAGAGGAAAAUACACAACUGCAUCAAUUAACGAAAGCUGCAGCUAGUGAGGCUGCGUUAGCUGGAUCAAGUGAUUCCGAAGAACCAGUGCACAAUGACAACAGACUGUCCGAACAAUUAACAAGCAACGCUCAGGCUCGAGCAUUGAAAUUAGAAUUAGAAAAUCGCCGUUUAAACACUUUAAUUGAUUCACUAAAGGAGAGUUCGUUCCAUGAAAAUUCAUCUCGCGUUCUGGAGUUGGAAAAGGAGAAAAAGAAGCUUUCAUUGAAAAUUGAAUCAUUAAACGACAAUAAAGAAAGACUUACGCAACAGAACUCAGAUUUGGAAUUAGUAUGCAAACAAGCAUUGGAAGAAAAUAAGAAACUUCAGAACACUCUUAAAAAUCAACGAACUUCCUUCGAGAAACAGCAACAAGAAGUCCAAACUCACCAUGCGAAAAUGAUGGAAUUGGAAAAGAAUUACGAUACUGCAGUGAAAGAGAAGCAACGUGUUCAAUUAUUACUGGAGAGCGUACAACGACGUGCCGAUGAUUUAGAACGCACUCUGGAAACGACAAAUCAAAAAGUUGAGGAAUUAAAACUCAUUGAAAACAAUGUUAAUGAUAUCAACUCCAAGUGCCUUGAUUUUGAAGUGAGGUUAACGGUGACAGAAAAAGAGAAAGACUCUGCUCAACGCGAUAUUCACAAGUACAGAGAAAUGAUUGAGGAAAAAGACGUAGCUUUAGACAAGUCGACGAACACGAUUGAGGUUUUGGAGAGGAAAGUAGGACAACUUGAACAGGAAUUACAGGAUUGUGUUAUGCAAAUAUCAAGAUUGCAAGAAAUUGAGCGGUCCAGUAAAGAACUUGAUUCGCGAGCUGCGAUUGAUAGAGAGACUUUGGAAAUACUUCAGUCCAACCUCGUCGCUGAGAAACUAAGCAAUCAACAGUUGUACGCAGUUCUAGAGAAACUCGGCCUUAGCGAUAAUGUACUGUUGUCCGAACCUUUAGAGAUCAUCCUCGAAAAAAUUGCCCAAAUACCAGAAGUAAUAAAUCAUAUUAAAAAAUCGUUUGCGUCUGAGAGCAGUGAAAAUGCAAUGUCUGAAACUUGUUCCGACAAGGAAAGCGGCGAUGCCAACAAGACCUUAGAAGCUGUGAUAGAACCUUUAAAGCAAGAACUGGAACAAUUGCAAAUCAAAGCAUCCAUGUCUCAAACAGCGAUGGAGCAUUUGUUAUCUGAAAAUGCUAAACUCCAGGUCCACAUAACAACAUUACAAUCGCAGAGCAAUUCAUUAACCGCACAACACACUGCGUUGCAAUUGGCAAAUUCACAGCUUGUUGCGGAAAAAGAGGAGCUUUUGAAAGAACGCAGUUCACAACAGCACAUCUAUUCCGCGCUACUUCACGAUCAGAAUACAUUGCAAUCGUUGCACGAGCAAUUGAAUAACGAGUAUGAAAAUAUGCUUCACGAGCGGGACGGUCUUAAAUCGAAUUUAAGGGACGUGAAGAAUGAAAACAGGACUCUGCGUGAAACUGGCGAGCGAUUAGAAGCGAGAAAUGAAACGUUGCAAUCUGAGCGGGAAGCUUUAAUUAACAAUACAAAAAGUUUAAAUAAUCUGCGAGGAGAGCAUUCUAAAUUGAAGGACGACUUCAGAAAUCUGUACACUGCAAGCGAAAGAUUGAAAGCAGAAUACAGGAGCCUGCAAGAUGAUUAUAGGAAGAACAAAGUCGAGAUGAACCGCUUGAGUUUGAAGCAAACCGAGAUGCAGGGCGAGCUUAGUGUCAAAGACGAACAGUGCUCGGAUUUGAAAGUAGAAGUCAAUAGUCUUAAUGAACGAUGUGAUAUGCUGCUAGAAAUGAACUCUGGAUUGGAUAAUGACAGGCGAUCCUUGAUGGAGCACAUAAGUCUGCUGUUUACACAAUACCACGAACUUUUAACACACUCGCUUCAAGACAAGGAGCACUAUCACAUGGAGGAGAAAUUGUUCGCAGAUAAAGUUAAUCAUCUGUACAGACAAAAAGAAAAGCUGGAAGACAAGAUUAUGGAGCACUAUAGAAAAUUGAACAGCUGCACUACUAAAAAAAAAGGUUUUGGAGCGAGUUUAGUUCGCAGAGUAAGGAAAGCUGGAUCGGAACUUCUCAAUAAGAAUCGACGUUCGUGGGCCGAGGAUUCCAAGCAAUCGGACAGUAAAACUUACGAGUCGGAUACAGGCGGGAACGAUUCCGAUGCGAGUACCGACGACUAUCGCUUACCCGGAACAAGCAGAGUUUUCGGAUCAGACGCGCUUGGACACGCCGGGACCAGAAGAACAGUGUACUAUACUGAUGACUCACCGCCGUCGUCCGCUUCUUUACCCACGGACAGGUUGCUAGGCGAACCCUUCCAGGAGCAAGGGGACGACGUGCACGCCACCCCGAUAGAGACGAAUUUAAAACCGGAAGGGCAAGUGGAGUCGCGCCCCUUCCUGAUCUACAAUAAAGUAUCAGCAGUCAUAAACGAAUCCAAAAACGUUAGUAAUAGUCCGAUGAAGGACGCGACGCAAGACGAAGUACUUACCGAACCCGCCGCCGAUAAGGAGCCAAAGACUGGGAGUCCGAUAUGGUACGAAUACGGUUGUGUAUAAACGUCCACACUGCCCUUGAUGCUUCCAUUAGUAUGUUUGAAAGAGAAAAAAGAUGAGAGAAUAUAUAUAUGUAUUCUCGCAAUUUUAAAUUCACAGGGAAACAUAUGUAUUUUCUUUUGAUUCUUACGUAUAUGUUUCCCUGUUAAUAUAUCAAUUGCACAUAUUUAAUAACGAAAAAUCGUGCAACGUGAAUAUAAAUCAACGUGAAUAUCAAUCAAAUAGAUUGCAAAAUCAUCAAAAAGUAUUACGCAUACUAAAGAUUUAUUUUUUCUAAGUAAAAACGAACUGCCGUAACUUGGACUCAUUGUUCUCAAAAUUAUAAAGUAGACAUAAGAAUAGAGCGCCUACGAGUUCCUACAAAAACUUGGUGUUAAGAUAAGUUAAAGAUAUGUGUUUUAAUCAUUUAAUUAAAAUUUGCGAACUUUUUGUGCGACAAGUUCUUUUUUAUCAUAUAUAUAUUUUUUUAACUCACAAGUCUUUUUAAUUGAAAUUUUGAUAAUAAAUUUGCUUUUUAUUCGUAAGUAAGCGAGAUUAGGAUAUUUAAUUCGUUAAAGAUCUAUGAAUUAUUAUCAAGAUUGAAUUGCAAUAUAAGUAACCGCAGUGUGAUCGACUUUAUUUAACGUUCAAUUGGUUCUACUCUUACAUAUUUGCAUGUACGAUGCAUAUUAAUCCAAGUUUUUUUGUUUAUAUGUUAUACAUGGCUAUUUAACAUUGCAUAUCAACUGCUGAAACAUAGUUGAAAUUCUCAGUUGUACUUUUACCUUUCUGUUCUUUAUUGAGAGCAGCAUUUAUAUAGUGGACAAGAGUUUGUGCUGAAAGUAACAACAUGUACGUGCAUUUAUGUUUACAAUUACACUAAUUACCUCUUUGUCGCUCGGUUCUUAUCACGAUAUAAGCUACUAGAUUAGUUUUUACGUUUUGAUAUUUAUAUAUUUUUAUAAUAAUUGUGUACAUGUUAUGUGUAUAAGUAGUACGUCUUCUGCAUCUCAAGAUUUUAUCUAAAUCUAAUGCGAUUUUGCACACAAUACAAUUAAGUACUUAACUGGUCGAUAUAUCGAAUAACAUACAUUUUUUUGUCACAUUCUUGCCAUUUUCAACUAUCGUCUUCUAAUGUAUAAGGUGUACCGGAUCAACCGUGUCAUCUGUUAAUAGCAGGUCAUUUGAACAUGAAAAUCUUUAGCGAAAUGUCGAGGCUGAAAUGAUUUUGAGAUGGAAAGUGUUUAAAGUUGACCGAACUGAUUGUCAAAAAUUCAGGCACGUUGCAUACUAAUUUUUAUAUUCUCACCAUAUCAGAAAUCUACUAUUAAUGGGUCAUACGAUUAGUCUGCGACACCUUGUAUAUUUUACAUUAUUUUUCAAUCUAUUUUCUUAAUAUUAAGAUAAAACAAAUUGGAUUGACUUACCGGCACGCAACAGCGGAGUUGAUCUGCAACAUACAAAAAGUACAUCCAGAUUAUAGCAACAAACAAAUAUUAAAAUAAUUAUUUGAGAAAUCAGAAAACUCGUCAGAGUCUUGCGCCAAGUUAAACUUUUACUCAUUCCUCUCUUUCUCUCUUUUUUAUGCAAAUAUUUCAAAGUCUCCAUGUGCAUUACGUUACAUAAUAUUUUGCAAGCAAUAUUUUGUAAAUAACAGAUAACAAAUAAAUGAUUACUUACUCUAAAGCUGCUCCGCUGGCGCCCUCCUUC